UGUAAACAAUCGCUUGACUUGUGCUGACUGUGCGGGCUUUAUGUGAGAAAACAAGUCCUACUUACAAGUUGCAAACUUAAAAGCUUUCAUACACUCAGCUUCUAACGUUUUAAACUUGCACUGGCGCUUUACCUGCAAUAUAUUUAGUAGUUGUGAGAUGUAGAAGUGCCUAAGCCUUUUAUAAAGAUACAAAUAUAUCUCAUUGUUGUCUGGCACUCACUAUUACUUAUGCUUUUACGAUAAAGCUGAGAUCGAUCGAAUUGUCUGCUGUGAGCAUGAGUACUACAAACGCUCUCCUUGUUGUUACAAACAUAGUAUAUGUAUAUAUAUAUAUGUGUGUGUGUGUGUUCUUGUAAGAGUUUGCGCGUGUGCUGUUGGCCCACCUUUAAGUAGUGCUGCUGCUCAGCAGUGUAUGGCCAGGCCGUCUAGCGACCAGCGUGUUGACCAAGUUACAGUUGAGUUUUGAACUUGGCAGCGUGCGGUUGUGCCUUUCGCUUUGUUUGAAUAUCUACGUUACGUUUAUUUAAAAAUAACUGCAAAGUGUGUAAUUUUAGGUGAAAUAUAGUAAGAAACGGUGAUUAAAAAGCUCUCUUCGCUUGCUAAAAGCAAACUUAAGCAAAAUUGGGUGUUGUCAACAAAAAUUACAAUAACAAUAAUAAGGCAUAGCGGUACGGGUGAAGGCAGCAAAAAUGGAGUCCGAAGAAAUAACCAAAAUGGUCGACGGCGUUUAUAAGAAUAUACUAGAGAAAUUCAAUCCAGGUGCGCGCCAACUUAUUUCCUCCGGCAAAGGUUAUUUGAAGGCUUUGCAUGGUGCUGCAUCUGCGUCACGCCUUUUCAAUGAAGCAUUAGCCAAGCUGGCAAUGAAUGCACAACAAAGUGGAACCAGCGAUAUUGGUGCGGCAUUGAUGAAUGUUGUCAGCGUUUACAAAGAAAUUCAAGAGCAACAAAUGAAUAUUUUAAAAGCUUUCUAUGUUGAUUUAUUGGUGCCAUUGGAAACAAAUUUGGAGAAGGAUACAAAAGUUGUGCAACAUGAACAAAAGAAAUUCUUACAGCAGCACAAAGUGCGUAUGGAGAGUUAUCAGAAGGCCGUCUCCACGAUGAAGAAACAGCGUAAGAAAAAGGCCAGUGCGGAAAAUACAGAAAAGGAGUUGAGGAAUCUACAAAUACUGGAAGAUCAAAAGAAGAAGUUGGACGCAUUCUGCGAACAAAGCUACAAAAAUGCCAUGACACAGGAGCGCCGUCGGUACGGUUUCGUGUUGGAGCGUCAGUGUUCCAUAGCCAAGCACUGGAUGGCCUAUCACAGCACUGGCAAGUUGGUAAUUGAUAACAAUUUGGAAAAUUGGCAAGAAAUUGCCACUACACGUGAAGUGAUACCGGCGGCAGCAGUAUAUGAAGCGGGCGGUGGCGGCAGCUACAGCCAUGCCAGCGCUGGCAAAAGAAUGGAGCGUCUCAAAGAUGGUGAGGACAUGCAUGCUGUUGGCAAUUCGUCUUCUUCGCAGCUUAAGAAAUCACGCAGCGUGGACGCGCCCUACGGCGAUAUGCGUACCUUGCAUGAGAGUAAUGUCAGUUAUACGCAAAACUCGUUGCCGCGCGCCAAAUCCGAUUUCAAUCUAACAACAACGACGAACUCGAACGAUCAUGUCGAUCAUGGUCAAUGGGACCAACGCCCCGUCGUGAAGGCGCUCUACGCAUAUAUGCCUUCAGGUGAGAAUCAGCUGCCGUUCGAGGAAGGCGAUCGCAUAGCUAUGGUCGGCAGUAAGGCCAAAGGUUGGCAAUUCGGUGAGAAUUUACGCACGCAAAUGUUCGGCUGGUUCCCCAUCGCCUACACUAAUGCUGAGGGCACGGGUGAGCGUGAAAAGUAUCGUGCAAGCGAACGCCAUAUCGAACGUAGUAGCGAUCGUUAUGAGAAUGUGCAUUAUGAGCGUAAUGGUGGUAUGCGCAAUUAUCAUGAUCACUAUAUGUCUGAGGCACAUAUGGAUCCUGCUAUGGAGAGCGAUUCGACAUACCGCCGACGUAACAAUAGCGCCGAGGAAUCAUCGCCAACACGCAUGUUCGGUGACACUUUAAGAAAUCAAAAAAAGUACCGCGCAACAGCUGGUGGCAAUCCACGCCCCGGUCCACCACCAACACUCCCUGCACCAGUGCCAUCGAAUAGUCAGAGUCAAAGUGCCAGUCGUAUUUUGAAUACAUCGCAGAGUUUUUGUGGCGCUUCCAAUGGCAUACCAUCUGUGGUGGAGCGACGCAAGCAACACAAACUGCAAAAUGGACCACAAGCCGCGCAUAAUCGUUCAAUUCUUUCCGCCAAACAACAGUCCACAUCGAUGAGCGCUGGUGGCAGUCAAAUGAAACCCGCCGCGGCAGCUAAGACUUCAUUGCAUAGCAGCAAUGACAGUGGCUUUGCCAAUGAGCCGCCACCACAACCUGAAGUCGACUACUCGGAUGAAGAACAAACGAGUCGUGUGCCAAUACGUCGUCGUGCUGACACUAACUCGCACGUCUCACGGGAUGUUGCUUCAUGGACGUUGAAUCGCAAUUUCCGUAACAGUGUCGAUAGCCAGAUCGACGAUAAGAGCUUGCACGGACUGAGCCGACGUAAUACGAAGAUGCGUUAUGAUCUUAUUGCCAGUGAUGAUGAAAUACUGCAGGCUUCUAGUAGUGGCAUAAAGCGCACUAAAUCGUUUUGGAAAUUCGGUGGACGCCACGAAGAUAUAUUGGCUGGCAUGUCGCUCUGGCAGCAUCGGGAUCUAGUGGCGGCACCAAACCUAGAAGCACUACGCACGGACAGUCCACAGAAUAAGGAGAAUGGACAUGCGGAACACGAAGAUGAGGCUGAAGGCGAACGUGAGCAAGAGCAUGGACGUGAGAAUGCACGCAAUACAAACGAUAAGAACGGUACACUAACAAAGUCACAUUCUAACAAUUCAACAUCGUCGGCGGAGAAGUACCGUAACGACAGUGUAACUAGCAUGGAAGCAUACGAUGACGACGAAAAUAUAUAUGGCAUGAGCCCAGUAGUAAAGCGGGAGAAUAUAAUUGUGCAGAAUCGCAACUCGAUGCAAUCAAAUGCGACUACAAUGCGUGCCGAAUAUACACCAAAAUCGCGCAUGAAAAUUAUGAAAACAAUCGAAAUCGACAUUGAAAAUCCAACAGAGAGCGAACGAUUAAGCACAAUCAAGCGUGGGCAAAAGGAAUAUCAGAAAGAAUAUCGUGAAAGCACAGGUAUGUUGCCGCAAGUGAAUAUGAACACGAUGCGCGCUAAUGCGCAUGCGCGUAAUGAACAUGACAGUAAAACCAAGGCUGGCAUGAGCAGCGGCAUGCAGUCGUCGCGUAAUACGAUGAGCAACAGCCAUAAGAAACAUCAGACGAACAACGUGGAUGCGAACGCUGGAAAGCAUGCCAAUCUGCAACAUAUGAAAUCGAACGGCAGCGGCAGUCAAACGCAGUCGCGAGCCAAGCAACAAGAUUUUCCACACUCCACAGAGGAUGAGGAGGGUGACAGCGAUGACAAUGGCACGCUCAAGAUGAGUGACGUUAACAACUUUUUCGACGAUAUCUCACAUGAGAACACCACUGGCGGCAUGAUAAUGAAAACAGUUAAGCGCAAAGAUAUACUGAAGCAAUACUACACCAGCGAGGACGAGUCCGAUGAUGUUGAGAUCAAAUCCACAAGUUCGGAUCCUUACGACUGCAUAGUGAUCAACGAUCAUUUGGUGCGUAAGGAUGAGAAACAACGCCGCCAACUGCACAAUUCCUAUCAGGAGCACCAAAUGGAGUUUCAAACAUUUCGCGCAACAACAACAUCAGCCAUGCCACAAGGUAACAAAAAGAAUAAAUUGAAUGGCGGUGAACAAAGGAAUGGCAAUGGUGUAGCAUCGAGCGCUGGCAAGUCAAAGAAACAUCAGGAGCUGCAGGACAACGAACGAGAGCGUGAACGUGAACGUUAUAGCAUGAAUAACAGUUCUACGCUGACACGUAAUUCCAAUGCGAACGCAAAUUCAGCGAUGAACACACCGACAGCAACAAUACUGCCACGCACGCGUCUCAUGAAAUCGAGCAAUAUGACAAGUAUGACUUUGGAACGUGCAUCCAAAAAUAAAACACGCGAAAAUGGUCAUAUCAGUGGUGGCGGUGGUGGGGGUGGUAGUGAUAAAGAUAAAAAUCAUUAUGGUAAAACAUAUGGACCGUGGUAUGAUUUUUGGGAUCAACAAGAUCAGCAUACGCUUGUGAGCCAAAAGUCUAUGCACAAUGGCAAAAUGUGAAAUCAUAUUUUGUAGGGUUAAAAUUUUUUUUUAAUAAAACUUAUAUAUAUUGGUUUCAUAAGUAUAUGUGUGUAGAUGAAAGAUUACUGUUAAAAUAUAUUUUAUAAAUGCAACGCUUAGCUGGAGUAAAAUUGAAUGGUUAUAGCAGAAAAAAAAUUUAGUAGUGCUCCAAACAUAAAUUUUGCAACAAUGUUGCACAAAAUGUUGCUAAGAGCUUGUGAAACAAUUUCCGCAUUUCGUUUUGUUGUAUGGCACAUGUUGAUACUAUAUUUGCAUAUAGUUAUUUUAUUCAUCGAAAAAUUCAUAAUUUUUGUCUCGUAUAUAUAUGUAUAUAUGAAAUUUCAAAGCAACACUAUUCUAAAUGCAUGUUGCCAUAAAAAUUUUUUGGUAAUACCUGAUAUGUAAUAGUAAAGAAUAGCUUUCAAUACAUUACAGUCUUUCAGUAAAAAUUCGAGAUAUUUAACGAUAAAUUGUAUACAACAUGACAGGAUUACUGUUACUUAUAGUAGCGGUUAUUUCAUCUCAAUAGCGCAGAAGCGUGAACAUUUCUGUGUCAUAUGUUGCUGGCAGCAUUUAAUCAUAAUUGAUGUAUUUAUAUACAUAAGUCGUCAAAAUAUAUGAAAUGUGUGCACAAAAUAACGGGAUUUUUCGUUUUUUGAAAAAAAAAAUUUUCAUUUGUCUACAUUAACGUUAUUGUAUAGCAUACAUAUAUAUAUAUAGAUAAAAGGCGCUUUGUAUUUUCAAUAUUUUAUUUAAAAAUUUAAAUUUGUUUUUAAAUUACGCACAAAGCACACAAAAAUCAAAUACGGAUAUCAAACUUAAUUUAAAUACUUUUUCUUUGAAAUGAAAAGUUUAGCAAAAAUUAUUGCAACCUAGAAUGAUAUAGGGAAAUUGCGUAGACAAGGCUUAGCGCCUAAAAUCAUGCCACGUAUAACUAUUUGCUUUUUACAAACAAACAUAAAACAUAUUUCCAAAUUAUGCUGUUUGCUAAAUGUUGCUUAAAUGUUCAAAAAAUUAUAUUUAUUUAUAUAUCAAACAAUAUUAAGUUCCACUUCAAAAUUUAUUUUUAGUUUCAUAAUUUUUGUUUGCAUUCCUGCAUCAGUACUUGCCAUCGCUCGCAAAUGUUUUUAAAUUCGCUCAUCAAAUGUGUGCUUAUUUCACAAAUAAUUGGCCAUUUAUUUAGCAGCAUUAUAAACUAAACCCUUUUUGAACUCUAUAUAUUUCCUUUUUCUAUGUGUAUUUCUAGAAAGGGUGGUGCCUACCGAAAUAUUUACAUAGACUUCUAGACCAAGUAAUACAUAUACUGUUAACACACACACACACACACCUAAAACAUCAACACAAACUUUUAAUCAAUUUUCUACACAACACACUAAAACAACAAGAAUGAACAGACAAUCUGGCAGCACUGCGUUCAAAUGCCUAAAAACUCAAACAAGUACACGUUUCUAUUCCAAAAAGUAAACGAUAACAACAACACCUUGUGUAUUUGUUUGUAACCUUGUAAGCCGAAGUAUGUAUGUAUGCAUUCUAAGUAUAUUUAAAUAGUUUAUAAAUGUGUAUAGAACAGUCUAUUCAACAAUGCUAUUUGUAAACCUGUUUUCGCGCAUUAGAAAACAGCGCUAAAAUUACAAAAAUAUAUCUGUAUGCAUAAUUCUAUUUCCUUAUCUAUGUAUAUUGUAUAUAAAUGGAAAAUCUGUUGGUCUUCUCAUAGUUAAAAUUUUGAAAGAAAAUAUGUGUUUGCCAUUGCAAAUUAAAAUUACGAUAUGUUUUCUUUAUUUGUUUUUAUUUUCCAUCUGUCACUUUUCUUAACAUGUACCGUUAUGUAUAGUGCAUGCCAAUUUGCCACAGUCAAACUGCGUCACACCAAAACUAACGACCGUUCGGCUCCAAUGAUUUAUCGGAGCAUAAAUAAAUAAUAUAUAAUUUUAAUUUAAUUGAGUUAGUAGUUUAAGCAUACAUAAUAUUUCAUAAAAAAUAAACAUGCAUAAAAAUUUACUAUAUAAAUAAAGAAAUAUAAUAAAUAAAUAAAUAAACAAGUAUAUAAUAAAUACACAUAUAUACAUAUUGACUUGGUAUAAUUUGGUUUAUUAUAAGAUUUAUGCAUAUGCAUGUGUUAUACAAGUUGAUAUAUAUUGCAAAAGUAUUUUUUUAAUUUUAUUUCAUGUUUUAUUUUUAUUCCUUAUUUUUUUGUCUUAUAGAUAUGUAAGUAUAUAAAAUUAUUUGCUGCAAAAAUAUUUGUUACCGUGUAUACUUUUAUGUAAUCGUUUAUUAUGAAUAAAAUAUGAUUUUUUAAAUAAACAUAAAGCAAACUUUUAAUUCAGUUUUUAAAAGAUAUUAAACCUUUUUUAUAAUACCAUAGCUAUAAUAUAUCCGAAAAUACUGUGCACC